AUGGGUGAUGAUGUAGCAAAGGAGCAGUCAGUGAAUGGUGGCUACGGCCACUGCCACUUGACCCCAGAGAAGAAGAGUCUGCUGGGCAUAGAGAUGGCCGACAGCUCCGUCCCCGUCUGCCGGCAGAGCUUGUUUAUCCAUGCUGCCAACCCCGGGCCCCGGGACCACCCGCUGUCCUGUGAACGACGCCUCCACGUUGGGCAGCCGAACCUGACUCACUCGGACAACAGCAUCUCUUACAUAUGCCCCCUUCUCGGCUCUGAUGCUGCCCCCACCCCAGUGCAGGCUUUCAUCACCUCACGCUUGGCCCAUUACAGUAGCCGAUGGGGGUCCGCCUACCUCAUCUACCCCCACUUCAAUCUGUCCCCCAUUCAGCUGCUAAAGAGAUUUUUCCUAAAACAUAGCAAGGACAUUGGUAAGCUGGCGGGGAUCCAGAUGAGGGCUCACCCAGAUGGCGAGGAUGCUGCGGACAGAGAUCAGUGUCCACGGUUCCAGGACCCUUCGUGCAUGAAUGGUGGAAGCCACCCCCCUCAGCAAAUCAAGCAGGAGUGUGUGAGUGACUUCAAGGCUGGCUCGGACCUCUCUGCUCCGAGGAGGUUUGCUGAAGCCUGCCCUCCCGGGCUGCAUGCUGAUCUCGACCUCAUGAGUGGCAACCCCUUUACGGCCCCCUCCUCAUCCUAUCUGCUGAGCAGUGAGCAUCCUGCUCUGGGCCCCACCUCCUUGGGAAGUGGUGGGCCACCGCCACCGCCUCCAGCAGCCCGCUUCCCAUCGGGGGCCAUGAAGAGGUGCUGCUUCUCCAUCCUGCCUCCCCCCUCCUCCUCCUCAGCCUCUUCUUCUUCGACCCUGCCCGUGGAGGGUCUCGAUAUCACUACCAUCAUUCGCACCCCUCAGGCCUCCUUAGUCACUUGCGUCAGCGGCCUCCGGCCUGCCCCCCUGGGCAUGCCUCCCAAUGCCCCACCCCGACACGGCGCGCCCAAGCCCCCCCGGCCCCAGGCCAGCCACCCCUGCAGCCUGCCCUCACCACCAGCAUGCCUCGUCCCCCUCCCUGCCGAGCGGGAACACGGGGACCGUGACCUGCUGCCAAUGCAGCCCCUGCGACACCUGGAGGGUGAGGGUGCCGGCCUCCGGCUCUCAAUGAGCGGGGCCAUCCCCCAGCAGGAGGCCUCCCACGGGGGCAUCGGCGGCCCCGGCCACAAGGUGGGCUUCCUGAAGCAGGAGCCAGUCGAUGACUAUUCGUCCAAUCCUGAGCUCUAUCCUCCUGCCCAUCCUCACCCUCAUCACCAGGGCCUGCCACCCCCUUACCACCUGCAUCAGCAGCUGGGCCAGGGCUUGGGCCCCCACCUCCACCUCCCCGGCUCCCCCAAGGUCCUGCCCCCCAGUGAUGGAGAAGAGCUGGAGCUGGGUGUGGGGCGGCAGGUGUGCCGCUGGAUCGACUGUGACGCCGCCUACGACCAGCAAGAGGAGCUGGUCCGUCACAUCGAGAAGACCCAUAUCGACCAACGCAAGGGCGAAGACUUCACCUGCUUCUGGGCGGGCUGUGUGCGGAGGUACAAGCCCUUCAAUGCCCGCUACAAGCUGCUGAUUCACAUGCGGGUCCACUCCGGGGAGAAGCCCAACAAGUGCAUGUUUGAAGGGUGCAACAAGGCCUUCUCUCGGCUGGAGAACCUGAAGAUUCACCUGCGGAGCCACACAGGGGAGAAACCUUACCUGUGCCAGCAUCCCGGCUGCCAGAAAGCUUUCAGCAAUUCCAGCGACCGGGCCAAACACCAGCGCACUCACCUGGACACGAAACCAUACGCCUGCCAGAUCCCUGGCUGCUCCAAACGCUACACGGACCCGAGCUCGCUCCGCAAGCAUGUCAAAGCCCACUCCGCCAAGGAGCAGCAGGUACGGAAAAAGCUGCACGUGUGCACUGAGGUCGAGUCGGACGUCCUGAAUGAGUGCCUGGGGAUCCCGCAGGUCCCCCCAUCCUCCCAGCAUGUCCUGGAUGGGAAAUGUGGAAGACCCAUGGGCCACGAGCUGCCCCCAGGCGUGUUCCCUGGCUCCAACGUCUCUCAGAAUGGACUGACUGCUGGGAUCCUGCCCCCGCCUCAGGAUGGAGCCCCCCGGCACCAUCCACUGGACUCAACGGCCAUGGCCAGCUCCCACCACCACCUGUCCCCUCUGCCAGCAGCAGAGAGCACCAGGGAAGGGUUAGGGUUAGGGCUCACUCCAAGUAUCCUGACUCCUCUGAAAGCACUCAUCCCACCUGCCCUCCUGCAGAAACACCCACUGCCACCUGCACAGACCCACCCCCCUGGAGGACAGCCCUUCCCAACACUCUCUAGCAAGCCAUACCCACCGUUUCAGAACUCCGCAGCAGCAGCACCACCUCUGGCCCCGCAAGGCUACCAAGGCAGCUUUCAUUCUAUCCAGAACUGUUUCCACUAUGGUGACUGCUACAGGGCAGUGGAGCCAGCCGGCAGCAGCAGUGGCGGUGGGGACAGUCUAGCGGGAGAGCCCCACGGCUUCAACCCUCUGCGGUCCAAUGGCUACCACACCCUCAGCGCCCCCUUAGCUGCCCAAGGCUAUGACACCCUGUCUGAUGGCCCGUGUGGACCCCAGGAGGCAGGCACCACCAGCCCAGAGGAGAAUGGCUUCUUCCCCAAUGGCUCAUUUGACCCCUGUUUGAAUUCUCUCCCUUCCAUCUACACUGACACCUAAGGCCCAGCCUGGCCCACCUGUCUGUUCACUCCCUCUCAUUGUACCCACGCUUCGCCCCAGCCUGGCCUUCCAGGCCCGCAUAUUUAGCUCGGGCUGGAAGCCUCCAUGAGCUCCGAUAAAGCCAAGCCCAGACAGAUCCCCGACUUCCCAGCCCAACACUAAUCCCACCUGGGAGCCACGGAUGGGCCAGGAGCCUUGGACCUGGCCCCUGCCGGGAGGCUGCCACACAAGGAGGCCCCCGUGAGUUCCUC